UUGUAUACCUGCGUUUUAACCUUAGCCUGCAGUAUUGACGCCACCAAAACAAGCUGAGAGGUGACCAUCUUUCCAGGCGCCUCCUCUAUGCCUUCAACCCUAGAACAACCCCUUCACUGACAUCUCUACUACAACCAAUCCAUCACUUAUCUUCAAAAUCGGGAAAAACUUUCACCUUCACUAUACUGUAAUAGUGAAAUGGUAUGACUAAAAACCGGCUUUUAAUCCUAAGAUCGAUUUGGACACUACGAUCGGCGACCGGAGAUAAUGCCCUUGUGGGUUCAACGGGUGUCCAAUAUUUCCCUCAUUGCUCGUUUUCAUACUUCAAAAUCUCUCCCUUCAUACGGUCCCGAAGCGAUUUGGUUCACUAAAGUUGUAUGUCUCCUCUGUUUUCACCAUUCUCAGUCUCUUGAUGUAUUCACUUCUGAUUAUUUUCGUCAGAAUUUGGACCCUCAUAUUGCUUUCAACGUUAUUCACCAUAUUAAUACCAAUUUGAAUAACCCCAGAUUGGCAUUUAAUUUUUUUAAACACACUAGGGUUAAUUUGAAUCUUGUUCAUUGUAUUGGCACUUUUAAUUUGCUUUUAAGGUCACUUUGUCAAAUGGGGUUUCACGAUUCGGCUACAUUAGUGUUUAAGUAUAUGAAAGCUGAUGGCUUUUUACUAGAUGGUUCGAUUUUGGAAAGUGUAGUAUUAGCACUUGCAAAUGCGGGCAAGUUUGGUAUUGCCAAAGAAAUUUUGAUUUCUCAAGCUGAGUUAGGUAGUGACGAAGGUAGUUUUGUUGUUCGACCUUUUGUACAUAAUAGCCUUUUGAGUUUGUUAAUGAAGCGAAAUCAGGUAGAUGAGGCUGUUGAUUUUUUUAAAGAUCACAUUUUGAGGUCGGAGAGAUUGUUUCCAGACACCUGCACUUUUAACAUUGUGAUUCGUGGGCUUUGUCGAGUUGGAGGAGUUGAUAAGGCAUUUGAGUUUUUCAAUGACAUGGGAAGUUUUGAUUGUUUCCCUGAUCUUGUUACGUAUAACACUCUUAUAAACGGGUUAUGCGGUGUUGGUCAAGUGGACAGGGCGCGAAGUUUGUUAAGAAGUCUUGAGUUACAAGAUGGAUAUUCACCUGAUGUUGUGACAUAUACGUCUGUUAUCUCUGGUUACUGCAAGUUGGGCAGGAUGGAUGACGCUAUAAAUCUGAUGGAUGAAAUGAUUACUUAUGGUAUUACUCCGACUAUGGUUACUUUUAACAUUCUCAUUAAUGGUUUUGGGAAGAUAGGAGACAUGUUUUCAGCUCAAAAUAUGUACGAGAGAAUGUGUGCUUUUGGUUGCCCUCCUGAUGUUGUUACCUUCACUUCUCUCAUUGACGGCCAUUGUCGGACUGGAGACUUAGACCAGGGCUUAAGGCUCUGGGAUGAAAUGAACACCAGAAAUUUGUGGCCUAACUUAUAUACAUUCUCUGUUCUUAUCGGUGCUUUGAGCAGGGAGAAUAGGCUAAAUGAAGCUCGGGAAUUAUUGAGGCAAUUGAUAUUGAGGGAUGAUAUUGUCCCCCAACCAUUUGUAUACAACCCUGUGCUUGAUGGGUUUUGCAAGGCUGGUAAUUUGAACGAAGCAAAUGUGAUUGCAGCAGAAAUGGAGAGCAAAGGGUGUUGCCAUGAUAAAUUCACCUUUACCAUUCUCAUUCUCGGGCAUUGCAUGAAAGGAAGAAUGCUUGAAGCUAUGGCAAUUUAUGAUAAGAUGAUGUCAUUGGGUUGUGCCCCCGAUGAUAUCACGGUAAGUUGUUUGACUUCAUGCCUUUUAAAAGCUGGCAUGGCAAAGGAAGCUUAUAAAGUAAGGCUCACUUCACCAAAGGACUUGCAUUCGGAUUUAUCAUCUUCAAAGCAAUCUGUACCAUUCAGGACAAGAUUGGAUAUCCCAGUGGCUGUUUAAUUAAAAUUUUUAUUUGGUUCCUUUAGCAUCGCUAAAGAAACAUGCGGGUCUUUGUUCCUUUGAAGUGCUUCAGUACUCAAGGAAGAUUGCUUCAGCAGUUUCUAUCAAGAACUCAAGCAACAUGAUCAUUAUCCUUUCUUUAAGUUGCUAGGAGUUGCCCUGCACAUUGAACCCAUGUUGGCAUCUUUGACAAUUCUGGUCGGCAUCCUUGAUGCUAGCUGUUUCUUUCAGGUUCCCUUUACAACAAGAUCUUCAAAAGUUAACCUGUUUUCAGAAUACUUUCUUCACAAACUGCGGCUAUGUGGACACACGAAGGUUGGGUCGAGGAAGGAAGAUUGGGUGGUGGAAGAAAGUGUACUAUCCUCAGUCCUGAAGCCAUGGGAUUCCAUUGUUUAAUAAACAUCAAGGUUCAAGGGACAAACAUCUCAUUAAUGCCUAACAAAGACAAACUACAUUCAAGCUGUUCAGGUGGAGGCACAAAUUGACUAGGUUGCAGAGGAAAUUGUGUUAUGCUCAUCCCUGAAGCAAUGUGAAUUCAUUUGCAAAGGGUUAAUUCACUAUCGAGAUUCAAGGGAGCAUAACGUAUGCACUACAGGCUAAGAUUAAAAAAAGUUUAUCUGCCUUCAAGCGUACAUUGAUGUGAUGACAAGUUUACUGUGCAAUUUGUGGAUCUUGUUACCGCUUCAGUCCCUAUAAUGUACAUCUGAGACGCAAUGCACGAGUCUCAGAAUGCGUCCUUGUCUUUGAUGUAUGUUGUACCAUAGUGGCAUAUUUUGCUAUGAUAUAUAUCAAUAUUAUUUUCAGCCA